UUUUUUUUGAUUUGGUCAUAGGAUAAGAACAUUUACACAACAGCUUCCUGUUUUAGUAUUUUGUACAUGGAUUAUGUGAAAUUUGAUGAAUGGAACGUAAAAUGUCCUCUAGUUCUGGAACGAUCCAUGCAUAUUUUCUAUCUAAGUCCGGCCCGAGGGUCGAAUCCGGCCCGCUGUCGAAUUUCUUUGUGGCCCGCUAGCAUUUGUGAUCAGGGUAUAAAUACACACGUUAAAAAAUAUUUUAGGUUUUACCACAAGGUGGCAGCAUGACCAUUCUUUCAAUGCACUAAAAUGUGUUCCUCCAUGUGCUCCUUCUCUUCACUGAGAAAAUAAUGGAUACUUCUUCAAAAAUAUUUGGCCACAUGACCAAUUUCUUCCAUGGUUUUCAAGAAACACAUUGCUGAUGAGUAAAAUAUAUGACAAAGUUUGCUAAUAUUAAUUGUUUUUUAAAAUUUUGCCAUUGCUUCCAUUACGUUUUUUUAGUAUGACACAAACAAAAUACAUCAUGGACUUGGUUAAUACUUCAUGUUAUGUUAAAAUAUGUUAUUAUUAGUGUUAAAAUAACAUAAUAGUAUGUUAAAAUAUGUUGCAUAUUAGGAAAACACAUUAUAAAGUUUGCUAAUAAUAACUGUUACUCGUCUUCUAUUUUCAAAAUGAUUUUUUUUAAUGAUAUUAGAGAGCAAGGUCUGAUGGUAAUAAUCAUUGUAUUUUAUUAUUACAUUAUUUUUGUUUUAUUAUUGACCUUAUUUCGCCCCGCCCACUUUUAAUUCUUAGUUGUUACGCAUUUUGCCUUCUCACUUCCGGUCAGCCCUUUCCGGGUAGCUAGCUCUGCAGAGUUACAGCAUCAAAAUGUCAACAGACGCGGCACCAGAGGCUCUAAAAUGUUUUUAAAAGCAGACGUGAACCCGAGCCAGGCCAGCAGUACGAGUCACUUGGCGUAGGUGCUCGUUAGCAGUAGCGGCGCGGUGGAGACAACGGGAUGCUGCUUCAUCGCUGGAUUUAGGACAGUCGUGCAGUCAUGCAGCCUCGAUAUUAUGGAAGGUUGAAAAUGCUGUGUCCAGUGGGGUAACUGGCAUAUCCUGCAUGGAUGAACAACAGCUCUGGAAUGUGGGGACUCAGAGGAACCUUGGCUCAAAGCGAUUGAUAGAACAACUGCAUACCUGUCUGCCUGCCUGCUAGCCAGCCUCACCUGCUUGCCAAACCCACCUCUGCUUCAAUCCAGCCAGCAUCCUACAUAAACUCUCUUUUCCUCCUACAAAAAUGCACUUUUUCCUUUAUCUCAAUCUUUCACUUCAGAAAUAAAUUCCAUUACUUUUUUAAACCAAAUUCUGUGUUGAUGUCUACACUUAAGGUCACACUCAGUCAUUACAGCAGUAAGUGUUUUAAAAAAUAAGUAUUUGUAACAUAAACACAUUGAUAACAUUUGUUAAUAACAAACAAUUUACAAACAGGUCAGAAAUUUUUAGGUUUAUUACAAUUAUAUUGUAAAGAUGUCAGAUGAAAGGGGCUUCAGAUGGAGUGAUGAUCUUGCAGCAUAGCUGUGUUCAGAGACAGACAGAUCCUCCCACUGAGUUUCCACAUCACAACGUGGAGGCAUGUGAAUGUGGUCAACCUGCUCCUCUGCAUCCUUGACGCUGACUGUCAUAUCUAAGUUACAAAAAACACAACGAAAUUUUUUUUUAUUAGGAAUUAAACUUCAACCGGAACAUCCACGGGUCAUGUGAGUGUUGCUAAGGUCCACCAUAAUGACAAGUAGUACAGACUAGGAAGAAUUAAAAAUACUGAGACUGACAUACGUUGCAAACUUUAAGUCUUACAAGUAUCCAGAAAUAAUGUAAGCUACAUUAAGACUGAUCACAGUGUUCAAAACCACCAUCUUAAUAAAAUGUAAAAUGUAAUGUAGUAUUGUUUAUGUUAAUGAGUUAUCGCGAGAACGCAGACAAAAAGAACAGAACAGAAGGCAGGAAGCAUGAACGUGUUCAAAUAAAAAGAGAACGUUAACUGGAACUAAAAGAAAGACUGUUUUAUUUGGCACAACACGACAUUUUGGCGACGAGGAGACAAUUUGCCAAGAACCCAGAGGCAAGUAGAGACGUUUUGGAUUCAACGUCAACGCCGAGAAGAAUGUAAGACGAAAAUUACAUGUGGUAGCCAUGUCGGACGAAAAUGUAGCUGCUCAUGCUGUGCAAGAAGCCAGAUACGCCCAGCUAGCUCCACCGGGUCCGCUGAGCCUAACAGCAUCUGAUUUAUUCACGGAAUAUAACCUGUGGAAGGACUCUUAUGGUUUUUUCGAAAUUGCCAGUGGGACAAUAAAUGCACCAGAUUUGGUGAGGAGAGCUACAUUGCUACAUUGCAUUGGCGCACCGACACAGAGGAUUUUUGCUAAUCUGCCGGGAGAUAAGUCGACACAUGCACAGACUGUUGCUGCUUUGGACGCAUAUUUUACACCACGAAGAAACGUAGUUUUGGAAAGGCACAAGUUUAGGCAAAGAGCACAAGGCCCUGAUGAGUCGGUCGAUGCUUUCGUAAAUGCAUUAAGAGAACUGGCCAAAUCAUGUGACUUUGGUGCCCUGGAGAAUGAUAUGCUACGUGAUCAGAUUGUGGAAAAAUGUGCAAUGAAAAGGCUUCGUGACAAGUUAUUGCAGGAAGAUGGAUUGAGUCUGGAUAAAGCAAUGUCUACUGCACGAGCUUUUGAAGCAGCACAAGCGGAAUCAAAACUUUUCACGGAGUGUCACAGAGCCGGAGAGAACCGGGUUCAUUUCACUAGAAGAGGUGUACGUAAUGAUCGCGGAAAGAAGCCUGGAACAACGCGAGGAGAGAGAGGCAGCCAAGAGCAAGCCAACAGCGACACCCAGUGUUACAGAUGUGGAAUAGACACUCACACGGCAGAUGAAUGUGGAGCCAAGACAGCAAAAUGCAUGUUUUGUCAGAAAAUCGGACAUUAUGCACGCAUGUGUUUUAAGAAGAAAAAGAAAGCACAAAUAGAAUAUAGAAGUGACAGAAGUAAUGACAGAAAUAAAGAAAAAUCAAAGUCAAGUAAACCAGUGAGAGCAGUAGUGCAGGAAUCUUCUGAUUCAGAGUCGGAUGAGUUUGUACAUGCUGUAGAUCCAGAAGGUACUGAGACUGUAAAGGUAAAUGGACAAUGGUUAAAAAUGGUCAUCGAUACAGGAAGUGGUAAAAACUUCAUGGGAGAAAACUUGUAUAAAAGAACAAUGUCCACCAGAACAAAACUGAGACCAACAAAGAAAAGGUUUUAUGCUUAUGCUCAAACUACUCCACUUAAAUGUGUAGGUUACUUUGAAGCAGAAAUGAGAUGGAAAGACAACAUAGUCAAAGACAACAUUUAUGUGAUAGAAGGAAAUGUAGAAGCACUGCUUGGCAGAAAAACAAGCUUUGACCUGAAGAUACUUAACACAGGAGAAAAGGUGAACACUGUAGGACAGACUGAAAGAUUUAAUGAACUUGUCAAAGAGUUUCCUCUAGUUUUUAAAGGACUAGGUCAGAUCAAAGGUUACAGCCACAAGGUUACAGUUGAUGAAAAAGUCUCACCUGUAGCACAGCGUUUAAGGAGAGUCCCUUAUCCAAUGAUAGAAGCUGUAAACCAGGAACUAGACAAGAUGCUUGAACAAGACAUAAUCGAGGAAGUGAAUGAAGGUUCAGAAUGGGUUUCAAAUAUUCUUAUGGUACCCAAGAAAGACACAGAAGAGGGAAGACUAUGUGCAGACCUCAGAGAAGUAAAUAAAGCAGUGAUCAGGGAAAGACACCCUGUACCAACAGUAGAUAGCAUCUUACAAGCAGUUCAGGGAGCAAAAGUGUUUGCUAAGCUAGACGCCAGAAAAGGAUUUUGGCAGUGUGAUUUAGCUCCAGAGUCCAGACCCUUGACAACAUUCAUCACACAUAGGGGAUGCUACCGCUUCAAGAAGGUUCCCUUUGGAUUGUCCAGUGCACCUGAAGCAUUCCAGAAGGCUAUGGAUUCUAUGUUAUGUGGAAUGCCUGGCACUGUCUGCUACAUGGAUGAUGUUGUGGUCUUUGGAGAAAACGAUGACCAACUUGAACAGAGACUGAGAAAAGUCUUUCAGAGAUUUGAAAGCAGAGGUUUAACCCUCAACAAAGACAAAUGCAUCUUUGGACUACAACAGAUUGAGAUACUUGGACAUUUGAUAACUGCAGAAGGAAUCAAACCAGACCCUAGAAAGGUUGAAGCAGUCUGCAAAGCACCCAGACCUGACAAUAUGCAGUUACUCCGCUCAUUCCUAGGCACUUGUGGAUUUCUGAUGAAAUUCAUACCAAACUAUGCAAACUUAUCGGAACCACUACGAAAAUUGACCAGGAAAGGACAGGAAUGGGAGUGGACAAGCGAAACAGAACGAUCAUUCCAAGCUAUGAAAGAAGCAUUGGUGAGUGAGCCUUGUUUGGCAUACUUUAAACUGGGAGCACCAACAGUGGUCAUUAGUGAUGCAAGUCCAGUUGGACUUGGUGCUGUUUUAUUACAGACUCAAUCUGAUGGACAGAACAAGCCGAUAGCUUAUGCAAGUCGUUCGUUGAGCCCAACAGAACGUCGUUAUUCACAGAUCGAACGAGAGGCUCUAGGAUGUGUGUGGGCUGUGGAACAUUUCAGAACAUACCUAUGGGGAGGCAAGUUUACUCUGCAAACAGACCAUAAGCCCCUCAUUUACAUGUUCAAUCCAGAGAAAGCCACACUCUCACCACCACGCAUACAGAGACUUGGCUUAAGACUACAACCAUACGAUUACAAGAUAGAACACAUAGUUGGGAAGUCCAAUGUUGCAGAUUCACUCUCGCGACUUCCUUUGCCAGAGACAGAGCACAGUGAUUAUGUGGAAAAGUAUAUGGACAAAGUCUUAUCGGUGACGAUGCAGGAAGUACAAGCCAUGAGCCUUGACGACAUAAAACAGAAAACUAUGGAAGAUGAUACACUGAAAGAACUGAAAUCAAUUGUGGAGACGGGAAAAUGGCCGAAUCCAAUUCCAGAGGAAUUACAGCCUUACCACAGAUGUGCUGGAGAAUUGAGCACGUUUGAUGGACUUGUGCUGAGAGGACACAGGAUAGUGUUACCAAAAGCAAUGGUGAAACGAGCACUGCAAAUUGGACACGAGACUCAUCAAGGAGUGGUCCGUACAAAACAAUAUCUGAGGAGCAAAUUCUAUUGGCCUAACAUGGACCUGGAUGUAGAAAGACUGAUAAGAAACUGCUCCGCCUGUGUGCUUAACCAGCCAUUACAUGAAGAUCAACCUCUUCAACCAGUUGAGUUGCCGCCGAGACCAUGGACUAAGAUAGGAAUUGACCUGGUAGGACCUAUCCAAAACGAGUACAUCCUUACUGUGAUUGAUUACUACAGUUCAUUUCCAGAGGCUGUAGUUAUAUCAGACAUUUCCUCAAAGACAGUGGUUAAAGAACUGACGAAGAUAUUUGCAAGAUUUGGUUAUCCCCUUCAGGUUGUCUCGGAUAAUGGUAGACAGUUUGUUGGACAACUUUUUGAAGAUUGUCUCAAGACAAGUGGAAUUAAACACAUCAGAGCAUCACCAUAUUAUCCGAAGAGCAACGGGAAAAUCGAGAGGUUCCAUAGAUACCUGAAGAAAGCCUUCAGAGCAACAGAGACUGAAGGAAAGGUGUGGAAGGAGGAGCUUCCUAAGAUACUGAUGGCAUACCGCUCAACACCGCACAGAGCCACGGGAGAGACGCCAGCCAUGCUCAUGUUUGGACGAGACAUUCGCACAAAAUGUCCAAAUCUGGAGAAAGCAGCUGGAAGUCUAAAAGAAAAGGAGAAAACAAAUGAAAUCAGAAACCAUCACGACGAAUACAAAACUAAAAUGAAACUGUAUGCUGACCAAAAUAACAGAGCAAAGGAGCACAACUUCAAAGUUGGUGAUGUUGUUUAUGUUGCAAGUAUGGAGAAUGGAAAGCUGGAGUCUACAUUCAAAGAUGUUCGCUACGUACUUUUGAGAAAUACCGCCAACAACUCCUUUGAACUCGUCAACACUGAGGACGGAUCAAAAGUGAUCAGGAAUGUCAAACACCUUCGACACACACCUGUAGUGACUGAUAUUGAUGUUUCUGAGACUCCACCGGUCUACAACACUGAAAGCAACAAGGACACUGUGGAUGUUUCAGUAGUGGAUAUUACACCACCAGCAGCUGAGAUACCACCUGAGCCUGACCCACCUGUUCCGAACGUUAUAAUAACCAGGAAGGGCCGUGUAAUCAGAAAGCCUGCUCGAUACAGAGACAAUUAAAAGAAAAUGAUGUUCUUAUGUUCUUGAGUGAUUGAUUUGUAUCACUGAUUGUUGAAUGUAAAAAAAUAAAAAAAACUAUACAUUUGGUAUAAAGAGUUGAAAAUACUGCAGAUGGCUUUAGUCUAAGCAAAGGAGGAAAAUGUAGUAUUGUUUAUGUUAAUGAGUUAUCGCGAGAACGCAGACAAAAAGAACAGAACAGAAGGCAGGAAGCAUGAACGUGUUCAAAUAAAAAGAGAACGUUAACUGGAA